CCACUGCCCCUUGCUGUAUCCAUCUACCCACUCUGCUUCCGCUGCAUUCUCAAGUCCAACUCUCUUCUCCUCGUCCGCCAUGGACAACUACUCUCACCAUAGCCCGCACAACCUAGCCCCGCGCUACUCUCAGCUCCCGCAUAGCCAACAGCAACAGCAGCAGCACCCGCUCAGCCAACACCAGCCAGCGGGACCAACGGCGGGCGGGUUUUACCCCGUGCAGCGCCCUUCUAUCGACGUUGAUGCUCUCGCCGCAGGCGUUCAACGCUACCUCCCUGGCCGUCCGCAAACGGGUUACAACAACUCGUAUAUCGCCCUUCCGCCCGGUGUGGACCCGGCAACCGUCGAUUUCCGUACGUUCUACCCGUACAAUCCGUCCGAGGUCAAGCACCGCAAGCGAACGACGCGUCCCCAGCUCAAGGUGCUCGAGGACACGUUCAAACGCGAGACGAAGCCAAAUGCCGCGCUCAGGAAGCAGCUGGCUGCUCAGCUGGAGAUGACCCCGCGUGGUGUCCAGGUCUGGUUCCAGAACAGGCGCGCUAAGGAAAAGACUUUAGCAAAGAAGGCAGCAUCAUCGUCUGCCAAUAAUGGCAGAGACAGAAAGUCAAUCAGUCUGGGUGCCCAGAACGGAGAUGCCAUAGACGACGCUGACGGCGAUGUUGAUUGUGACGAUGGUGAUACCGCCGCAGAAGAUGACAACCCCAACAGCGAACAGGUCGCACAACCUGCCAAACAGACUCCAGGCACCGAAAUCGCCCUGGAUGAACGCAAACGCUCUCACUCGUCCUCCAACUCACCCGAGAGCACCUCUCCAGAGCUUACCCCACCCAACGCCCAUGCUGAUAUUGCACCGCAUGUGAAUGUGAGCCCUGAUGAUGACAGCGCUGCCAGACAGCCUGAAGUGAAGCAGAACAUGGAAAUGCCCAUGUCUGGCUUCCCUCCAUCCUCAUGGCAGGGACCGCCGCGAUCGAUGAGCCGCACGCCAACGUUGGGCAUGGGGCUGGAGCAGGGAGCCGAGUUCACAGGCGAAGCAGGAUUUGGUGGUAAUGGUUUACAAGCGAUACCCAUGCAGGAUCACUACACGCGACGCCCAUCGCUUCCGACGCACCUUGGCAUCGGCCCUUCACGUGUACGAGCAGGCUACCUCGCCAGUCCACGGGCUUCGGCCUUGUCUUUGGGAGGUGGGGUCAACGCUGCUCGAAUGGUGGGCUACGAUCCGAACGCACGCAGGAUGAGCCUCGACCGCCUUGCGAGCCACCCCUACGCACAUGUCGCAGCUCAGGCGAACUCUCUUGUGUACGGCCCCGGCGCGACACGUUUCCGACCUUCCUUGCCUGCUACAACGCAUAGCACCCCGACCCUUACUCCACAGGCUCGGACGGCUGAUCUCCCGCCCGUUGAUCAACAACCGAGUGUCGAUAGUAACCAGAAUAGCAAUGGCGAUGGAGAUGCGGCCAGUGGGAUACCCGAACUAUCACUGCCGCCGCACUUGCAGCACUCAACUCCCGUUACGGACAUGCGACCGGAACUCAUGCACCGCCAAUCAUUACCUGCACACCUUGCCACACCCCAGCAAUUACCAGCAUCCACUGGCUUUGCAAGCCAGCCUCAGUCGGCGAGUGCUAUGUCCAUGCGUUUCCCCCGCCAGGGACAUGUCUAUACGCUCUCAGCGCGCAAUUAUCAGCCACCCAUUCCCGGCCCUCUUCCGAAUCCCGACUUCUCGUUUGGUUCCGUUGGCAAUGGCGAGUGUGAAGGCGCACAGACAGAGGGUUCUGGUACUCCAGACCAGCAGCUGCAGUCAUCGCUUAACAACUUCCAGUUCCCGGAAAUGGAGAAGGAUGACAAUGGUGCUGCGGGUGGCAGUAACAGCUUAGAUAUGGAAAUGGAUGGCGAAUCCCGUCCAACCUUACCGCCUGGAGGAUUAGGAGGCCGACCACCUGUAUUCUAUCGCGACUCUCAGGGCCUUCAUGGUGCUGCAAACCCAUACACGCCUCGCUUCGGGUCAAUUGCUAGUACAGCGAGCAUUGCAGACUCGGAGUCAAGCGUAACGAGUGGCGCCUGCUUCAGUAGCGAGGCUGGCAGUGGGUUCGACGUCCAGGUCAACUCGGCUGGUCACUCGUCCAUAGGAUAUAACGAUACGCGGAGAGGCUCAUGUACUGGGUCUAUGAUGGACAUGUUCUCUAAUCUCGACGUCCACAAUAGCUCCCAGUCCUCGCUGCCAAACUCCCACCACGAUGCCCAGAAAAAGGACCAGCACUCAUCGCAUGUGCCAAUCAGCAGGAGCAGCGAGUUGGCGCUUGCUCUCAUGCCGGAUGAUGACAAGACGUCAUCCAUGUAUGGUGGCGACAAUGGCAGUAACGUCAACGUAAACAUGAAUGACGCAUCGGAUGUAGGGGUGUACAACCGGGCGAGUAUGAGCUCAUCCGACCUUUCGCACGGACAUAGCGGACAUUUGCGUAGGCAUCCACUUGCAGCGUUGCCUCGAUCUGCUGGGUCAUCGCGCUCGUCACUCGGCUUCCGCUCCCGGCCAUUGCGGCUUGAAACAGACAAGAUUGACUUCAUGCAUAAUUUUGAUGCAGUGUCUGAAACGGGACAUUAUUCACCCGUGUCGCACCCAAGUCCUGCGCCCUUCGAAUUCCCGCUGAGUGAACAAUCGGGUGGCAGCAGUACUGCUCAUGGAAGUGACAGUCAUAAUGAUAGCAGAAUGGAUCACGAUGGCGGGAUGGUGAGCCAUGUACAGCACCAUCAAUACGGUGUCGACGAAUCCCGACAUGCUUCUCAACAGCAUCAUUCUGGGAUGUACGCACCGCCGCAUUCAGCCCCGUACUCAUUACAUGGCCAUUCCCAAGAAAACGUAGCGCCCUAUGGGUACUACAAUUGACCAACCUCUGUCUUUUCCCCGCAUAUUGGCUGAUGCUUGCGUCACAAUCUAACUCUCCUACCCUACCUUUACCUUCUUCCCUGGUUGCAAGGCUUCCGUUCUUGUAACCAACGGCCCUUCCCUAUUUCCCCACCUUCCGCCUGUCUCCUACGCUACAACCAACCUUCGUCAUCUUGCCCUCACGACUGCAAUUCCGAGAUUUUGGUCCCAUCCGGGUGAUUCCCAAUUCAAAAAUUAAUUUUUAUUACUAUUCGCGCCGAUGCCUUUAUAUGUACUUUAUAUUUUCCUCUUGCGCGCUCAAUAUCUUGGCUGUCCUAUUUCGUCUUAUCUAUUUGCUUUUCGUUCUGAUACUCUCUUUUUUUCCCUUAUUCUGACAUCACUUACUCGCCCGCUCGCUCACUUCUUCCUUUGUUAACUAACGCCUACGUCUGCUUUCUGUUAUUCGUUUCCCAGACGUUGUGUUCACUCUCACUUUUGUUACACGGACACUUUGGCACGAAUUUGCUUUGUUCAGUUGGAUCUCUAACGCCUGCUCACUCGUUUGGCUUUCCCCAAAUCACAAUCCAUAACCACAAUAACGACGCUCCUUUUCUUUCUUUCUUAUGUUUCUCAUCUCGUCAUACGUCAUACCACUUUGUCUCUCUGUGUGUUUGUUCGUCUGUCCGUCUACUCCCACUGGUAUUCUACCCCACGCAUUUUUUCUUGCAUAGUGAAUGUAAUUACCCACUUUUUUUCUUCACCCUCCCCGUUGUUCUAUCUAUCUAUCUCCCCAUCCAACGCAACGCAACGCAAUCCUUACCCUUGUUUUUUUCGUCGUCCCUCCUUAUGAAUCGCCCACCACCGCCCGUUCAGUCGCGAUCCUACCUGUACUCUACUGCAGGACCGUCUCGACUGUCUGAGAUUCUGGUGGUGCGAACAUAUAUCAAUUGGCUGGUUGACCUAGUGUUAUUUUGUUUGAUGUCUGCUGUACUUUGUUCUGUCUCCGUCUCCUUGUCUCCUUGUCUCCUUGUCUCUUAGUGUUUUAGUUUUCUAUUUCUG